AUGUCCCAAGAGGGUCCUGGUCUCUAUGCUGCAGCAGCCUUGAAAGCGAGGGACAUUGUAGAUCAUCCUGUCACAGCGAGCCACGAAAGAUGUGGACACGAUGCCAACCUUCACAUCGUCCACUUUCUGCAGGAGAUACGUGCAGAAUGGAUCAGGCGGAAGAGGGAUCAAGUGAAGACCUCGAGCAUGGGACGUGCGGCCACCAGUGUGCGUGAAUUCCCACAGCGAAUAUACAAUGCUGCCAUGCUGGAGUCCCUGCCCAGUAUUGGCCCUGAGACUCGCCGGAUGGUUGUGGAGCAUUUGUGGACUCUGCCUGGAUGCGCACCAGGGCCACCCUCAGCAGAAGAGCUGCAGCUGGAGACUCAAAGACAGGCUGCCGCAGUGGCAGACAGGAAGCGCAAGGCAGCGGCGGCGAAAGCAGCAAAGCAGGCGCUGCAAGGACAGCAGGAGCAGGUUGCCCACAAUGCCCUGCACGUCGCCCCUGCUCCUGCAGAGGAGGCCAGGCUCAAAAAGAAGGCGCGCAAGCACAAGGAGUACAUACCAGGCGUUGGCACAGCUGCCUACGCUUUCUUGAUCACUCUCUUCAAGGCCCACAGGCACGGCGAGGACCAUCUCACUAGGAAGGACUUGUCUGAUCGGGCAGAAGCCAGCGGCCUGGCAGACGCUCCCAUCUUUGGCAAUGGGCAGGCUCAGGGCGGUGUGAACAACCCUCAGCGAUGGUACAACGGCUGGAGCAGUUUCAGCACGCUCAAGAACAGAGAGCCGCCACUGGUUCUUGCCUACAGUCUUCCCAUGAAAUGCAAGCUCACUCCUGAGGGGACAAUCUUGGCAGCGAGGCUCUACAAGGACGCUGUCAUUCGCAACCGCAUCGCUGAGGAUCCGGCCAUCCCUCUUGCCUCCCUUCCCGAUUCUUCUACCGUGGCCGCCCCUUCUGCUGCUGCAACGCAGGAUAUGCGGGAGCAGCAGCAUUCGGCUCUGCAGCGGCCGAGCAGGGCAGCAGGGCAGCGGCGGCAGGCUCUGCGCAGCAGCCGCUGCCGCAGCCGGCGCGCCGGGCCUCCGGGGCCGGCAAAGGGGGCAGCAGCAGCGCCGCAGGGCGCGCGGCAGCAACCUCCGGCUCUGCCGCGCCGUCGGCCGCGGCGGGCCCGGCCCGCGGCAGAGCCCUAG